AGACAAUGUGAGCUGUGUACAUUAUGUGAGAUAUGAACGAUGACGAUAUUCUCCAAUCUGAACUGCAGGAACUAGAGGAGCUAUUGAGGAGUCCAGAAUGCACUGCUCCAAAAAUAGAACAGUUCUACCAGAAUGGUGUUAACACUGUCGAGCGCAUGUUGAUAUGGAAGUGGUUGCUUGGAGUGUCUGGAAGCAGUAUUACUGACUGGGACAUCCCCGUAGAACACAAGGAUCUCGAUAUAAUAACUGACGAUGUCCUCCAAAUAAGCGAUAUGCCGGGGGAACAAGAGAAGAUGAUUAAGAUACUAUCAUACUACUGCACCGCGCGCAACACGCGCUACAAAGCAGAGUGCGGCUGGGCGGAGGUGCUACUACCACUAACUUCCCUCUCGUACGGGGAAAUGUACGCCUGCUUCUAUGCGCUUCUCUCCAAAUUCGUUCCCAGGAACUGUAAAGCGGACGGUAAGCCGUUCCACCUAUUCAGACUCCUCCUCCUCUACCACGACCCUGAGUUGUGUGCUUUUCUCGACACUAAGAAGUGCCCUCCUGACAUGUACGCUCAGAGAUGGUUCCGAAGUCUGUACGUGGGUAAAUGUGAGGUACAAGUGAUAAGGGAGGUGUGGACCCGGUACUUGUUACAAGGAGAUCCCUUCCUAGUCUUCUACCUGGCUCUUGUUAUCCUGGUCAAUGCUAGGGAUGUCAUUCUCGAGAUGGACAGUUGUGGAGGCUCGGAGAUAGCCAGCAAGAUAACCGCCUUCCCUGACAACCUCUCCGUGGAAGAUAUAGAGGACUUUAUCUCCCUUGCUGUGUACUACGGAGAGAGGACACCACUUAGUUUUAGACAUGAUUAUCACGCACAGUUGUUUGGCAAUGCGCCAACUGAGUCUAACUUUGCUUCAUUGUCCCAGGCGCUGUGUCUCCCAAUAUCAGUAUCAGAGCUACUCCAGAAGACCACAGACCAAGGUGUCAGCUAUUUAGUAGUGGACUGUAGACCACGUGACCAGUUUAGUAGUGGGCAUCUCCACGGAGCUGUCCAUCUAGACCCUGAUACCAUGUUAUCAGAUCCAGCAAUGUUCACUACAAACGUGGCUACAGUUCUUCUGGAACAACGUAAAACAUUCCUGGAGGACGACGUUUCGUUAAAUCACUUGUGUUUCAUGGGGUGCUCACGGGAGGAGGAGGAUCAGCUGCUCAACAUGGUGGUAGCUCACUUCUUACAUAGGAAAACUCAGUUUGUGAGCAGUGCCAGGAAUGGUUACAAAGCUCUCCACGACCUGCUGGACGAUGCUGUAAACACUGGACUUGAGGGUCACGACUACACCGAGUGUGUGGUAUGUUGUGAAGAACAAUCCUCCCGGUUAGCGGACACUGAACUUAGUGUAACCCAGUCUAAUGAUAAUAACAGUAAUAUUGUUUCUAAAAUGAGCUCCGUCAUGAAGGUAACUACCACCAGCAUGCGCAGUAAACUCGGAGCACUGUGGUCAGAUGAUCUGACUGGACGUCACGUGACUACCUCCGUCAAAUCUAAACCUUACAGAGGGGUCGAGAAUGUGUUCUCUAUUGCUGAUGAUGAGGAUGAGGAUGAUAUUGUUGGAGGUGCGAGUUCGUCAGAAGAAUCAGAUAAGGAAAUAAUAAACAUUAAGUUGUGGGAGAGUAGAGCAGAUAUUUUACACUGUUUUAGCGUGGAAGAGAUCACUCCUGACGAAAGCUCAUGUAAAAGGAGUAUAAGAUGUUCAACACGGCGUUUACCUCCAGGCAAGAUGUUUGCUAGUGUACUGUUGCUGACUGAGACUCAUCUUUACAACAUACGUCGCAUUCCUGAAAGAGAGGGUAUGGGGUAUAUCCGCUACCGUUUCGCUUUCUCUGCCAUUGCCAGAAUUACAGCAAAGAAGAAACAUCCAGAUGUUAUCACAUUCAAGUUUAUAAAGGACAACAAGGAACUACUUGCCUACAGAUUUCUUAUUCCACAAUCUAAAACUGUCACAGCACAAAUUACUAAUCUUAUUCCACCCGAAUAAUAAUUAAGGAGAUAUUAUCAUAAACCACGUGACUAUAUUCUCAGAUGUUAUCAGUUAUACUCACACCUCGUAAAUUAUUUGUUGAGAAAAUAUUUAAACGGUUAGAGCUCCCGGUAGAUGCAUGCCACAGAUAUUUUCUAUUUAAAAUUUGUUUCUGGCUAUUUUAUAUGAUGUUACAGUAUUCUGAGAUUUAUUUGAUUCUGUAGUAACUUUCUAGUAAGAUAUCAGUGUUUCCCCAUGAUUUGUUUACUACUAAAAUUUAAAAGUAAACGUAAAAAUAUCCUUUUAAACACCAGUUGAGAAACAUACAAUGCAGUAAUUUUAGUUGGCAAUUAUUAUCUUAAAUAUUUGUGACAGCACCGCUUUUGAUUUGAGUCUUUUCUGAGACGAUUUGUGUUUGUUUUAGUUUUUCUGUCGAUUCUCUUGAUGAUCCGGUAAGAGAUAUCAAACAUGUUUUGAAUAGUAAAUAAGUAACUUUUUGAAUGUAAA